AUGAAGAUUUUGUUGAGCAGUAAGUUUCUUCGCACACGUUGGAACAUUUGCUACGGAAGUCGCUUCAUCGUCUUGAGACUCUUCGUCAUCGUCAGAACCAAAGACGUCCCGUUGAGCCUGAAAAGCAGAAAUGAAAAAUGUAUAUCCAUUAGAAAGAGAACUCGAGGAAUUCUGGCGAGAAGCGCAUCAUCAUCUUCACUUGCAGGAUCACCCUCGUCAACAACUAGCUCCUUGUCUUUCGAAGAUAUCACUUUGGGCUUUGAUGCAAGCAGCAUGGAUGAAACAGGAGCAUCUUUGCGAGCUGUAAAAUGGAGCUUGGGCCACUACAAAGAGCUUAAGGUGAAAACUUGA